AUGCUAAUUCUUCUUUUAAUAUCAUCUGUAUUAACUCUAGAAAAUGUCAUCAAACUAGACAAAAAGAGUCCAUCUUUUGCAAUUCACAGUGGGAAACUAAAUCGAUUGGGGAAUAUUUCGAUCAUUGCCUGUAAACGAUGUGAUAUUUUGGUCGAUUACACACAGAGGAAUUGUUUGAAUGAACCGAUGACACAAAAAGAAUAUUUGAAUAAGAGGCGACAAACUCUUUGUUUUGAUCCACUUCCAAUUACAAUCAAUGAAGAAAUGCUAGAUAAUGGGCAAUGUGUGGAAAGUUGGCCUUAUGUCUUCGAUUUGACGAAAUAUCUUUUCGUUUGUCGAUAUGAAUUCAAUGAAGUUGGGGAAUUGUUGAUAAAAACUUUGGGAAAACAGAAGAUUGAAUACGGAUUAUCUUUUCGAGUACGACAAUGGGUUGAUGAUGGAAUGAAAGUCUUAGUGAUUCCUGAAUCAUUGAGUCCCGAAAAGGAACCGAUACGAAUAGCUUUGGUUGAAAAAGGAAUUAUAGCAACGGUGGUCAUCGAUCGUUACUUAAUUGGUUUGGCUGAUGAGACCGAAAUAAAGCCGGUUAGUCAAGAAGAUGCUCUCAAAUACAACUAUUGCACUGGCUUACAGUUUGAUAUCACUUGUCAUAUGGAUGCAACGUAUUCCACGUUUUUUGGAUCAGAUCCCGGAUUGGAAAAGGACUCGAUGUAUCAUAUUUUAGACGUAAAAUCCGGCACUUCAGUCCGUUCCCGUUCCUCAUCCACCACAAUCUUCAGUCAAAACAAUUGCUCAUUCUGUAUAGCUUAUCAGCUACCUGUUCUAGUGUUACCAAACUCGAUCCGAGUGAGAUCUCUACCGAUCAUUCUCACUUCUUACUAUUUCCCGUGGACUUUUGAUGAUCCAGCUCAAUACGUUGGCUGUUUUCUUAACAAAAUCCUUCUUCAAGAUUCCUAUAAAAACAAUCUUCUCAUUCAAAUUGAUGCGCUGAACGGCGGGAAUCUGAAAUUCGAUGUGUACUCAGACGCUGAAUGUGAUCAAAACUCGUUCAAUUAUACAAUAAACUUCAACUCAUCGUCCACUCAGAUCUCAACAAUCAGAACAAAGUGCAUGUUGUUGGAGUGGUGCACGAAAAAGGAAAGAUCUGGCUUCAAGCUUUGGACAAGUUCCGGGCCUGUUAAUGCACCGAGCGAUGUGGAUUGCUCUGAAAUGUUUGAGUUGAAUGAGGAGAAUUCACAGAUAAUCUUUCAUGGGAUGAUGCUUGCAAAAGGUCGAAUUAGCCAAAGUCCAAUUUGUGUUCAAGUGAAUUCCACAAAAGAAAAGAUGGGCGAUCUUGAGAUCGAAUUUGCAUUCAUUUGCCAUGCUGCUGAGUCUGAGUGCCUUCAAAGCACUCCAUUUCUCCUCGAUUUAUCCAUUCCACCUCUCGAUAAUUGCACGGAAAGCAAAAUCUUGAUGAAUGAUCUGAUCUUGAAAAAUUGCAAGUAUAAAAGUGACGAUUUUUUGGCAAUCAGCACAAGUCAUUUCGAGCAAGCAUUGGCCAGUGUGAUUGCUGUUCGUUUCAUCAAAUACAUCGAUAAAACAGUUGACUAUGUUCUGAUUCCAAAUUACUAUCAAAAUAGACAAAAAGAAUCGUUCGGAUUUCAUUUCGAGGCUUCCGAAAGGCCGACUUGGGUAUCGAUUGGGUUCUUCUAUCGAUUCGAUAAUUAUUUGGAGAAAUUCAAAAUGGAUCACUCAUCAGUUAUCUGUUCCUACAAUGUUUACUCAAGUUUUCCGCCUCGUGAAACGCAACUCGCCCGAAGAUAUUUGACAACUUUCAGCGAUGACGAGAAAUUUGUGAGCCAACCGAUGAAAUCGAGUCUUUACAGCAUUUUGAUUCCACCAGGAUGUGCACCAAAAUGCUCAAUGGUUGAUGUGAUUGUUGAGGUGGAAUCGAUUGGAAAUGCGGAUUUACGGCUAGAAUUUAUCAACACAACAAGAAAUGAUAAAGCCACAAGAUUUACUGGUGUAAUUCUUGGUCCAGAGACGAAGAUGCCGAUCAAGUUGAUGCAGAGAGAUGUCUAUCAGUUAAAUGUUUUUUUGGUUUUGGGCCCCGGACUAAACCAAAGCUUUUGGUUUUUCGGAGACAAAUCGAACCGGACUCUCGGCUCUGUCCGAGAAAAAACCGAC